GCACGCGAUUGGUCAAUGCAGAGCCGUGACGUCUGUCGCGGUUCAAAUGGGCCAUUCGCGUGCCAAAUCGAAGAGACCUAUUCCGACCCUCGUGAAAGAUUGUGGCUUUUUGCCCAUGCGAGGAGUCUCCAAAAGGACGAUAUGGCAAGCGACAUCGAAGAUGAAGAAGAUGGCCUGCCUGACGUGAAAGCAUGGGGAAAGAAGAAAUCGACCUACUACCACACAGACUUCGUCGAUGAAGACUACGCAGGUAUCACCGAGGAUGCAGCCGAGCUCGCAAGACUAGAAGAACAAGAAGCUCGCGCACUUCAGAAGCGGCUUGUCGAGCAACUGGACGAGGAAGACUUUGGACUCGAUUUAUUCCAGCUGCCAAAAGAAGACACUGCAGAGGUGUCCGAGAAGAUUUCAAAGGACUUGUCAAAACUUUCCAAGCGGGAGAAAUUGAAGUUGCUAUCCAAAGACAGCGCAGAACUGCUUGAGCUUGUGGACGACUUCAAGGCAAAGAUGAUAGAGCUACGAGACACAAUUUUGCCACUGGCCAAACUGGUUGAUAGUGGAAAGGUUAUCUCCAUGCCAGCAAUUGAGUACGUCAACCUGAAGAGACAGCUCAUUGUACAGUACUGCACAAGCAUUACCUUCUACAUGAUCCUGAAGGCCAAACGAGUGCCUGUCGCAAAUCACCCUGUGAUCAAAAGACUCAUUUCCUUCAGAAACCUUCUGAAGCAACUGGAGCCAGUAGACAAACGGCUGGCCACUGAAGUGAACAUAAAUAUGUUGGACAUGUUAUCGAAGGGUGAAGACAUCGUGCCAUUGACUGCAUCAGCAACAAAGCCACAGCAAAAGCCUAAACUAAGGAUCACUCAACAGGUGCAGUCAGAUGCAUCUGGCAGCACUAAAGAAGCUCCAAAAGGAAGUCCAGUGAAACAGGACAAGAAGCGCAAGAACACUGAGGAGGAGCAGGCGAUCCUCGACAUGUACGCAGAGAUGCGGAAAAAGUCACGGUUCGAGGGUAGCUCUGGCAGCGAGGAGGAAGAGGAAGAAGAUGUCGAGCUGGAGCCUUUUGAUGGUGAGGAUCAAGAACAACUUGAAGACGAGGAAGAAGGUGGAGAUGACAGGCGUGGCAUCACAUACCAGAUUGCCAAGAACAAGGGCCUGACAGCCAAGCGAAAGAAAGAGUACCGCAACCCACGUGUGAAGCACAAGAUGAAGUACCGCAAGGCAAAGAUCAGCAGGAAGGGACAGGUACGAGAGGUCAGGACGGAGCUUCAGAAGUACGGUGGAGAGUUGUCCGGCAUCCGUGCCGGUGUGACACGCAGCAUCAAAAUGAAGUGAAGAGAGGACCUGUGAUCUGCCAAAUUAUUUCUUGUGACAAGCUGUUGAUGAAGAGGUGCUUUUGGUUGA